UAAUCGCAUAACUGUACCGUCGACCGUCGUGUAUGUCGGACGAUCACUGUUCGUCGACCGCCCGUCCCGUUUUAUUUCGUUUUACGACUGCGUACCCUUACUGAACGUUUGUUUAUCAAAUAUUUAAAUACUGCCUCGUCGUUCGACAACCAUGGACUGUUUUCUAGAUCUUAACGUAAUACCUCGAUAUGAUAAGCUUUCUGAUUGUCUCAACUAUCCAAAAUUUUCAAAUUUUGGCUGGGAGAUUUUAUAUACAAAUUAUAAAGCAAAUAUGAUAAGAAUUUUGGACUUCGAAGAUCAUAAAGAUAUUAGCCGUUUAUGUUUACUACUCAAACUUGAUUUAUCAAAGAACAAUCUUAUUGAUACUCUUUCUGAACUACAUUCAUAUAAUUUACGCCAACCUCUUUCAGCGAUUAGAUGUACAAAUGAUUUAAAAGAAUUAUUUCCGAAUGCUGAUCCUAUCUAUUUAGAUAUAGUCGGAGAAGUCUUUUCAAAUAAUAUUACUGGUCUGAAUGAAUUUUUAGAUAAAGUUGCCACAAAUAUUAUAAGUUAUCCAAGAAUUACAGGAUACAAUGAAAAACUUAAGACUUUAAAGAUUAUUCAAAGUUUGACAGUAAAUUUUAAUGUUAAAGAUUUUUUAAAAUUGUGCCCAGAUCCUGUAAACUAUUUCAAAAAUCUGAAUCGUAAUAUAAAAAAAAAUCACUACAUCGAGGAGUCAAUGUCAUACUUGAGUUAUAAGUUUAGGAAUGUAUCAAUGGAAAUGCUUAAAAAUGUGUUUUAUUACAAUGAAUACAAUUUAUCAAAUACAGUUGAAGAUCUAUUGACACUUAAUCAAAAUAAUUUGAAGUAUACAAGAAAGCUAUUUGAAAAACCAAAACCAUUCAAUUUUAAAUCAUCUGAUAAUAUUGACUUAGUGACUGAAAUUGCAUUCAUUGAUAACAAAGAUAAUAUUCUUCGAUAUAUUCAAUCAGAAAAAAACAUCCGUACUAGAAAAUUUAUCGAAGCUAAGUCAAGUAAUCAACUUCAGACCUGUGAAUGUUGCUUCAAUGAUGAACUGCUAUCUACUGAAAUAAAUUUCUGUCAAGCUGGCCAUACUUUUUGUUUAUCAUGCAUAAAAAAGGGUGUUGAAAUUAUAGUCUCUGAAGGUAAACUAAAUUUUAAAUGCUUUGCCAAUUGCAAUGAAGAAUUUAGUUUAAUUAUGAUUAAAAAUGUUGUUGAUAAUAAAUUGUACCAACAUAUAAUAAAAAUGAAGCAAAUGCAAGAAAUCAAAGCAGCUAAUAUUGAAGGACUUGAAACAUGUGCAUUUUGUGAUUAUUCUGUAAUUUUAUCCAGAAAUAUUAAAACAAUAAAGUGCUUAAAUCCUGAAUGCUUAAAAGAAACUUGUAGGGAAUGCCGAGGAGAAAACCAUUUUCCAUUGAAAUGUAAUGAAUUGGAAGAAAAAGAUCCUGAAGUACAAGUUAGAAUCAUGAUAGAAAAUAAAAUGUCUGAUGUACUUAUAAGAACUUGUUAUUAUUGUAACUGUAAAUUUAUAAAAGAUGCUGGCUGCAACCAAAUGAAAUGCACUUGUGGUAAAAACAUGUGUUACAUUUGUAAAAAACCAGUUGAUUCCAGUUAUAAUCAUUUUUAUCACAAUAUAGUGGUUGAAAACAAAUGUCCAUUGUUUGUUGAUGAAAAUAUUGUACAUACUGCUGCUGUAGAAGCAGCAGCUAGAUUGAUUUUAAAGGAAUUGAAAUUAAAAAAUCCUAGACUCUUAAGGAAAAUUGAUAUCACUAAAAUUUUACCAGAAAUUAAAAAAACUAAAACCAGUAAAUUGGUAGAUACUUCUUCUGCAGAAGUUAUUAAAUUAAUUGCUUUAAUAAUCGGUCAAAAUGAAGAGGAUGUAAAAAAUCUCAAAGAUAUGAGAUCCAUGGAACCACUAGAAAAAAAAAACAAAGCAACAAACUGA